AUGGCAUCAUCCCUGGGGACCAUCCUCACCCACCUGAUGGAGGUCAGCCCUGACGCCGGCUCGGCCAGGGCAGGUUUCCUCUCCCUCCUCCUCCUGGCCGUGCUGAGCAGCCCCUCGCUGCAGAAAUCCCUGCCCGCGGCGUACCGAGACCACGAGGGUCUGCAGGGGGGCACGGGGCUGAUCCAGUGCGGGGAAUACAGCAACCAGGUGCUGCCCAACGGCCGCUGCCGGAUCGUGGCCACGCUGCCGCAGGGGGACGAGCAGCGAUGCCCGGAUAUGUUUCGUUGCACCGACGAGGUGUCCUACUGGCUCCAUGAGAACGAAGAACGUAAGCAGCAGGUCCUGGAGCUGCGGGAGUUGAUUUCAGAGCUACAGGAGGAGCUGAGGAACCACCGGCACCGUAUCAAAGUCCUGGAGCUCCAGCACGAGGAAGCGGCCGGCCGGAACCACAGCCUGGCUCAACGGGUCCAAGACCUGGAGCAUCGGUACAGCGAGGCCAGCACCCUGCAGCACAUCCAGGCCACCUUGCUCUACGACAUGCAGGCGCAAAUCAACAACAUCUCCGUCCUGACCGACUGGGCAUGGCGGAAUCCCACCUGCCUGGGCCCCGCCGAGAUGAGGCUACAGGAGGAGAUGCACCAUCCAGCUCUUUUGGCCAUCCAGGUCGUGGUGGAGGCAGCAUACCAGCUCCACUGGUACCUGCUUCCAGAGGUGAAGCACGCCAGGAACUGCCCCAUUGAUUGUGCUUCUGUUUACUACAAUGGGGUCCGACGGUCUGGGGUCUACAGCAUCAUGCCCUCGAUUGGAGGGAUGCCCAUUGAAGUGCUCUGUGAGAUGGACACUGAAGGUGGGGGCUGGACAGUCAUCCAGAGGCGUCAGGAUGGCUCAGUUGACUUCAACCGGACCUGGAACGAGUACAAGGAGGGCUUUGGGGACCUCAGUGGUGAGUUCUGGCUGGGCAACGAGAACAUCCACAAGAUGACAAGCCAAGGGGACUACUCUCUGCGCAUCGACCUGGAGGACUGGAACAACAAGCACAAGCACGCCUUCUACCAGGUCUUCAGCAUUGAGGAUGAAGCUAACUAUUACCGCCUGCACGUGGAUGGGUUCAGCGGGACGGUGGAGGAUUCCUUCGCCUGGUACCACAACAAGAGGAGCUUCAGCACACCCGACUCAGGGAACAUCUGCGCCGAGAUUUCCCAUGGGGGCUGGUGGUACCACCAGUGCUUCUUCUCCAACCUCAAUGGAGUGUACUACAAGGGUGGCCGAUACUCCAUUAAAAACCGCAAGAGCCUGGGGCCGGAUGGUAUUGUGUGGUACUCGUGGAAGGACACAGACUACUACUCCCUGAGGAAGGUGGUCAUGAUGAUUCGACCACGCACUUUCCGGCCCCACGUCUCCCCAUGA